CUUCAGUACAAGAUAUCACUACAAACAGCGGAUGUAAUGCUAGAAGGAGUCUUUUUACACGAUCAAUGAGGUGUUUUAUGCAUACUCCACACACAGUUAGCCAUGGCGUUUCCUGUUGGUUCAUCAGGUAUUUUGAGUACCCUAGACCCAGAUCUUAUCGAGGACGGCAGAGCUGACAUCUACAAAUGGAGUGAAACUAGGCGGUCCAAGAGAAAAGGAUUUAAAGGGAAACUCUACCAGUUUAAGAAAUUGUUCAUUGACAAAAGUGUAAGCAGAAUUUUUUAUUUGUUUUCAAGCUCUUCGAUUCAUAGGCAACUGAAUUACCUGCCUGAACAAGUCAGUUGUAUUGCUAUAUUAAAUUGCAUUUUCGAAUCUGUUCAAAAUUAUUUCAUUUUGCAGAUUUUACGUACUUUUGUAUACAACCUUACAGUUAUCCUUUUUCUACAAAUGGUUUUAGCAGGUGAGGAUAAAUCCUAGAGACAAUUUUCUCUUGUUUUCAUCGUCAUUCCUGAAUGUUACCAUGUUAAUUGUGUGUAUAUGAUUUGUAUAUGUGUGUAUAUGAUUUGUAUAUGAUUUAUAUGAUCCUUAAAACACUUAAGUGUGUUUAUGUCUACGUUAUGCAUGAAAUGAACAAAGAAAUAAAUAAACGAACUAGAAUGUACAAGUCAUCUUUUAAUCAUCCCCCUAACAGAGCCUGAUUCAUAAAGAUGAUAAAUCAAUUAUUUAUGAGAUCAUGAAACAAUCAUAGUUCUUGAAGAGUAAGGAAAGAUUUCUGUAAAGCCCUAAACUAUUUUACAACAAAGUUGUAGUCCCUCAGGCAAUCUAUUGUUUCCACCACUGUUUUCUUUAUCCAAGAACUCCAAGUAUAAUGAAGUAUAGGGCUGUGCAGAAAUCUCAGGAGUAAUUGCAAUGAAAUUCUUGUUUCUAUGUCAUACUGACCUAAAUAACUAUAUCCUGACCCAGAGGGGGAAAAAAUUCCUACCUCUUAUGAGGAAUGGCCUCUCAGGAAGACCAAGAACUCCAAGCCUACUCAUCAGCCAGGUGGCCCACUUAGUUAGAACUGAUCCUGGUGACUGAGGUGACUAGGGGUAUUGCAACUCCCCCUCCCCCUCCCCCCCUUUUCCUGGUGGAGAAAUUAGCAAAUUUCAGGUUACUUCCUGGAAUUUCAUCAGGUCUCCCAACCUAUUCACCAUUGCAAAUUUAUAUACCUGGGUGAAGAGGUACUGUAUUGUUGAGUGUGAAAUUUUUGUAUCCAAAUAACGAUUACAGAUUUAAUUUCUCAUGUGUACACAAGAUUUUCUAUUGAUUUUAAAGUUGUUCUUUUUCCUUUAUCAGCACUUGGAACAUUUAUGUGUCAGAAGUUAAGUAAGUAUGCAACAAAAUUUGUUGGUCAAUUUAAAAGGAAAAAAAAACAGGUCCUUCAAGUUCAUGUUAGUAUCCUUUGGGCAUCUAGUUUCUCACUCACUUUUUUUUGUUUUUUCAAUUUGUAGGACUUGAUUUUGAUGUGCACAUGAGUAUUUUUGUGUCACCAAUUGUGUUCCCUUUGGCCUUUUCCAUUAAUGGUAUGAUGCAAGAAUAUUUCAUUGAAGAAACGUAAAAUGGUUUCUGUGUUUGCAUAGCCUGAUGUAAACACGCGGGAGGUUGGGAGAACACAAAAUAAACAUAGGAAACCACGACGUGAAGCGGAGUGGUUUCCAGCUUAUCUCGUGUUCUCCCAACCUCCCAAGUGUUUACAUCAGGCUAUGUAAACACGGAAACCAUUUUACAUUUCUUUUAUAAAAUAACUAAUGAAAGAGCCUCCUCUUUCAAUGAAGGAAAGCGAGGUGCUUGUUGUUGUUGUUCAUUUGACUUUUCGGCUGUUUCUUGAAUACUGGGAAAAUUAAACUCCAAAGAAAAAUUGGGAAAAUCUUCUUCCUUCCAUUACUGUACUCAAACAAACUUAAAGAAACUGAGUUACUGCUAAAUAAAUAGCAGGGAGAACUCCGUGAGAAGAUUCAGUAUGAAAACUGUGUUUACAUACGUUCAUGUAAAAUGGUUUUAUGGCCAAUCAGAGCGUGCGUACUAUUUGAAUUAUUCUAUAAACGGCACUCUCAUGCAAACCAAGCAGUGUCCAUACUGAUAUCCUUAACUUAAAUCAUGAAACAUUCCCUUGGUACCAGCAUAGAUUAAAACGAGAAUCAAAAUAAAUCACAUUAUGGUUUAAGUCCCUCUGACCCCUAAGAGUGACUAGCAUCUAAUUUCUCUUUACAUUAUGCCCCUGAAUCACACAUACAGGUUAUGAGAAUCUAAGAAUAUAAUCACCAAUUAAAGAAGCUCUUGGUUGUUUAACAAAUUCUCCUUGUCACCUCUGGAAGUGUAUAGAGAACAUUAGUAGAAUAUACAUACUCAUGCUUUGAUGAAAGGGUUAAGCAUCUAUGUAUUUAUUUUCUAGCUAUUCAGUUACAAGUUUACAAUGGUAUACUAAUAAUCAGUGAUGCAAUUAACAUUAAAAUCAGAAGGUUUGAGAUUCAAAUCUGAGUAGGGACUCAGAAUUUUUUCUUUGUGGCGCUAUUGAGACAUAUUUUGACAUCUUUCCUCUACGCUUCCUUUCAUUUCUGUUAGCUGAUUUCCAGCGGCGUGAGAGAGUACUUGAAGAUCUAGCACAGUUUAAAGGUGCUCUGUUGAUAUUGUUUUUUUGCCAUAGGGACUGGCUUCAUUCAGCAGGUAAUAUUUCUCAGUGCUUUAAGCAAGUGUUGUUUUUUUUAGAAAGGAUCAGUAUGAUGGACACUUUUAAUACUGGUAAAAUUUAUCUAAGUAACAAUUUGAUCAGUGGUUAGCUAAAAUUACAGCUAUUUUUCAUAUCUGUCAUUGAUAGUAGAGGAAUGAUUUACUGUAAUCAUUGUAUCCCUAGAGUAGUUAGUUGGUUACUUCGGAAAUGGAGAAAGUUUAGUAAAACACUCAGAGAGAGGUUUAGUGCUCUUAUCAACGAUGUGCUGCUCUAACAAACGGUCAAAAUUUUAGUUCUCUCUCACUUGGUUUCUCACAUUCUCAAGUUCUGCAACAUAGUUGCCAAUUGAAGAUAGUUAUGUAUGAAAGUGGAUCCACUUGCUAAAACUAUUUUAGAUGAUAAUUAAAUCCCAGUAAAUUUAAGCUCUAAGAAUUAGCAUGAUUAUAUUUUUUUAAAAAAAGCAUCCUUUUCAAUUGUGUGGAGGUGUAACAGGCUGUAAAAAUGAUUUUAAGAGAGUCAUAAUUUUUAAGACCAACAGUAUUUUAAAAUGCCAUUGGUGUGUUAGCUUUUAGUGAUGGUCUUUUAAUUGUUUACAUUCAUUAACUGUAAUUUCAGGUUUACCGAAAGAGUUUUUGAAAACUGUAAAUAACAAGUUGAAAGGUCUGGUAUUGAAUAUCAAAGAAUUUUUGUUAACUGAAAAACAUAUCAGGAGGAACUUUAUUCUCUCAGUAAGUUAUGUUUGUCUAUUACUUUUAACUUUAGAAAGUGUGAAUUAUUCUUUAAUUGGUGGUAAUUCAUUGUCUAUGUCUUAUGCCACCAAGUGUUACGAGUGUCGAUGUAGAGCAGGGUUGUUCCUAGACAAAACUCAGAAUCGUCGGUAACAACAACAAACUGUUUUAUUUCCGCGUAGUUGACUUCUUGUUUUUAUAGCACUAAGCUUCCUCGCAAAUCUCUCUCUCUGUUCGAUGGAACUGUCGCUCUUAUAUACAUAAAGUAUUAGGAUCUAGAAACUUCUCUAAAGAACUAAAUUUAGUAGAUUAACACGGUUUCUAAAUUUGAAUAAUUGUGUAAGAAAUAGAACGUUCCAGAAUGUUCUUUUUACCAGAAGGUCACGUCUAGAUGACUUCGGGUUCUAGAAUGUUCUAUUAGAAUGUUCUGGGACUUUACUUAGACAAUUUUUCGUAACACCAAGAUUAAGACAUUUUUCAGAGCUCUAAAAAGGAAAUUUUUGGCAGUGUAUAGCUAUUUUCAUUCAUUCUUGUCCUUGGAUUUAUGUUGAAUAAUAGUCACUUUGGUCACAAUGUCUAACAUUUUGAAACAAAAUGGAGCUUUGUACAGUAUCUCAAAGUGAGCUCAGGUUUGAUUUUCCUCUUGAUGAUUAUGGACUCUUUGUUAAAGAGUUUGAUUCUCUUUUGGUUGAUCUUAUGUCUGACCUUGCACAGCAUCAAGCUACAGGUCUUGGUGGUCAAGUGACAGUUUGUUUUGUAUGGCAUAGAUUAUGAAAGGAGUGUGUGGUAUAAAUCCCUUAGUGACUUUCAAUGGAACAUCUCUUUCUCCUUCUAGUUAACAAGGAAAUGUAAGAAAACUUGGAAGGGGAAGUAAGCAGUCCAUCAGAAGUCUCUUAGUGGCUUUACCCUGCAAUGCUUCAAUUGUAUUCUGAAAAUCUCCGUCCUUGGGACAAAAUUUUUUACAAGCUGCAUCAAUUCAAACCAAUAUGAUUUCAGCAGGAAAUAGGGAAGAAUUGUAUCUCACAGAUUUCAAAGUUCCCAAAGUUCUAGAGAUCCAUUCCUUUCUCUCAUUUUUUCUUGUCACUAAACAUUCGGGGGAUUUCAUGGGCAGUGAUUGCUCAUAAAUAUUUUCCCUUAUUUCCCUGGGGCACUUCCAUUAGGCUUGCAUGUGCAUGUGUCAUCUUUUUCUUCUGUCACAAGUGCUGAUGCAAGUGUUGGUGGCUAAUGAACAUAUCAAGGAGACAGUGAAACAAAGCAUGACAUUUCAAGCUGACAUAAUAAGGUUAAAUGACGUAUUUGUCGGCUAUAUUGAACUAGAGCUUAUUUACAUGUGUAAAUUUCAGGUUAUUUAUGAGGAUUUAAGUGACAUAAGCCAGCUGAAUGACAAGAUGAGAGUCUCAAGUUUGCCACACAAUGAACCUUUAAUAACCAGACUAAUUCACUAUCACAAGUAAGUCUUUGAAAAAUAAAUAGUAACACUGUUUCUCGCAUAGAAGUAUUGACAACUUACAAAUUCAACAUCAUUGAUAGUCUUUUAAUAAGUUUAAGAGAAUCACAGAGCUUUGUGGGGAAGUUUGUUCAUUGGUUUCAUUUUGAUUAAGUAACAGGACUUUAACCAAUCAGACUCUCACUACGCAGCUGUUCAAUUUCGAAAUCUCUCGUAUAAUUACAGUUAAAGUUGCAUUCCAUGCAGUCCAAUUACCUUUAUCACUAACAAUCCACAGUGUCCAAUCAGGUCUCAAAUUAGAUUACAGAUGUCCAUCACGUUCUAGAAAUUUCUUACAGGUUGGACUAAAUGAGGCCUCUUCUUACAUAUUAAUUCCAGCUUUACUAUUUAAUGCAUAAUGAAUUUUCUCACUUGUGGUACACUUUCAACUUACGAUCCUAAGCCUCAUGUGUCACGCAUUUGAAAGACUGCGCGUAAUCAGGGAAUACCGAUCGCCACGGACCAUCCGCUCCUUCACCAAAGUGUUUAUCUUCCUUAUGCCCAUCGUUCUCUCUCCGUACUAUGUUCAUAUGGGUAUCAAGUCGGGUAACACAUGGAGCCCGUAUUACAUUGCUGUGCUGACAUCGUUCAUAUUUGGAACAUUACAAGGAGUUCAAGAUGUCUUAGAUGAUCCAUUUGACGGUAUUAGUGAGGAUGAUAUUAACCUUGGACCGGUA